GUCUGUGUGCGGCGACCCUCCCCCACAUUGUCAGGUGCGGCCUGGAUAGAGUGCUAGCUGCCAUGACAAGGAAAGGUUCCUCCAGUUCUACUUUAAUUCCACCUGAACUCACCAUGAAAAAACAAAACCAAUCGCCGGACAGCCUGGUCUGUAUUAAGACCGGAUUCUUCCUCGUCGUCCUCUUCUUCUGGGCGAGUGGCGUUGCUCUGAUUUGUCUGGGCGCCUCGGUACAGAUGAAGUUGUCGGAUAUCUCGGUGGUCAUCACUGAGGCCUCUUCUGGAGCCCCUCUGGUCCUAGCGAUUGUGGGAAUGAUCAUCUUCUUCCUGUCUGGAUUUGGCGCCGUGGCCGUGAUCAAAGAAAACGCCACCUUGCUCAAAAUCUUCACAGGGAUCAUGCUUCUGGUGUUUGCGGUAGAGAUCAUAGUGGGGAUAUCGGCAUAUGCCUACAAGGACAUGCUGCAGCGCGAUGUACUUCAGAGGUUUAUGAAGCUUUUGGAUAGAUAUGGAAAAGACCGGCCAGUAACCCGAGGGGUGGACGGCGUCCAGCAACAGUUCCAAUGCUGUGGAGCCAGGAAUUUCACGGAUUGGUUCAAAGUCAACACCACCAGUUCUGGGGUGUCCUCCGGCUCGGUGCCCUCCAGCUGCUGCAAGACCGUACAGCUCAAGUGUGGUGAGAACGCCGGGGAGCGCAGCGACCGCAUCUAUACACAGGGCUGUGUGAUGAAGAUGCACAUGUGGAUAUCGAAACACGUUGAAGUGAUCGGUGCGGUGGGAGUCGGCCUCGGCUUCUCGCAGAUCCUGGGCAUCGCCUUCGCCUGUCUCCUUGUAAGGCUUCUGCAGGAAAAUUACGUGUCGGUGUGACCAGGUGGAGUCCAUGUGACCGGCGUGGGAAGGUGGUGACCGGUGUCGGCUCAUUAAUAUCACUUGUCUGUCCUGUAAAUAUUCCGUGUACAGAUGUCGUCCUCCGGCAGAGAUCGGUGAUUAAACGAUUCAUCACA